AUGAAAGAGAGAGAACAGCUGAUUGCCUGGGAUAUUGAGAACCGGAUCGCUGUCUUCAUGGUGGUUGUGGCCGAGGAGACAGGCGGUCUACCUAACGAUUUCGACCACUGGGCCGAAGACGCCGGUGCCGAGAACACGUACAGUAACGGAGCCUGGGGUAGUGCGGGUGAUGGCAAGGGCUGGGGAGGAGUCCUUACUGACGAGGCGUGCCGGGAGCACGAGGCUCUCAUUCGAUAUGUUCAGCUCGGCAUUGAUCCGCUCUUCAUCAUCCUCACCGGUGAUUAUCGCCAGGACAUGCCCUACGCCGCCAGCAUGAAUGUCAACGUCAAGGACAAGAAUGAGAUGUUGGCAUCCCAUUUCAACAUCUUCCUGAACCAGUACCUGACCACUUUACCUCAACACAUGAUGGAGCAGGUACCAGAGCAUGUAGUGUUGCUUUCGGACAACUUUCGCCAGCAAGGUGGCUUGCAGGAACUCGCCUCGCAGCUCUUCUACGAUGGCAAGAUGAGGACGUCUUUCGACCCUCUCGAUGCGGACGCACUCACCCUGACAUGGCACAAAUUUGGUCAGGAGCUCGUCAAUGAGAACCGGAAGCGCCGAUGA